UUUAGGGCUCUUGAACUCUGCGGUAUGGCGGAGGAGGAGGACGACGAUCGCUGCGCGGCGCAGGAACAGUCGAAUGAAGGAUCGGAUCUUGCGUGCUGUGAGAAUUGGUACUAGGAGUAGUGUUUAAUAUUACUCUGCCGCUGCCACAUUUGCUACGUGUGCGUACAGUGCCACAGGAAAGGCAUCUGGCUUCUCGGCUCGGAAAAGAGGCCACACUUCCCUUUCUUUGUUUGUCAUUGUCUCGAGUUGUUGUUCUUAAAUACAGUGUUUUUAAAUUUAUUUUCUUCUGUUUGAAGUUCCAGUUCCAGCAGAGUUUUUUUUUGGGCUUUCUGGUUUCUCAUCAAAUUAUUGUCUAUCGAUGUUUCUUUGCUCUUUUUCUCUGUAGCUUUGUCUACCUUCCUGUUCUGUGUAUUUAUUGGAUAGAUUCAGUGGCAAGUUCUUUGUGCACUGCCCUGAAGGUUCAGAGGACGCUUUUCCUUUUUGCUCGUCUCCCUCUCUUCCAGUCUGCUUUUCUUCGCUGGUUUUGUUUCUUGGUCCGGAGAAAGUCGCAUUAUUCCACCGUCUUGCCGGUGACGAGAAUUGGAGGUCCUUCGUCGCACGGUUUGCGUGUCGUCGGAGGGAAAUUUGAGUCUCUCCCUCGCUUUUCUGCCGAGUUUUGUUUCGUUUUAUUCAUUGUUGUCCUUUGUUUUUCCUUGCUUUCGUUCGCAUACCUUCUUUCCUUACAAAAACAUCAAUUGCGGAACAAUCCCAUAUCGGAUUCGCGGUCUUCUCGAAGCGAAAAAGAGAGAAAAAAAAAAACGAGAUAAAAGCAGAGAGAUCUCGUUGCAGAUUGCCAAUGAUUUCCAUUCUUUCGCCUCUCAAUGACAGGAAAGCUACUGUGCUGCUGCCGCUUGCUUGUCAAGUAAUCCAUCAAUGGAGGUUGAACAAAGCGUGACUUUCGCCAACAUCACAUCUAGAAAAAAUUUCGUUCCGGGCAUCGUGCUCUUGCUCCUCGUCGUCGGGCUGCGAGACGCAAUGCAGCGUAACUGAUAACGCAAAGAAGAAACGCUGAUUUUUAUAUAGCAUGGGACGACAAUCUUUCCUCGAUACUUGGCACCAGCGCUAUCUCAUCGGGUUUCCGUCACGCGUGUGACUUUCAUAUUUCUUCGGGGAUUUAUUCCAGUCCAAUCUAUGGAUCGCGCUGCGCUGCCAGGAAAAUUCAGUCUCGUCCAGUAACGAAAGAAGAAGAAGAAGAGCAUCCAUCAAAGUUCUUUCUCGGCGAAGAAGAGGAGAUCAUCCAUCAAGUUUCUCGCAAAGUUCUCUCUCGGCGACAAGAUGAUAAGUCCGGCGGAGUUCUACACGGUCAUGGCGGCAAUGGUUCCACUCUACGUCGCCAUGCUCCUCGCCUACGCCUCCGUGAGGUGGUGGGGAAUCCUCACGCCUGACCAGUGCUCCGGCAUCAACCGCUUCGUCGCCAUCUUCGCGGUGCCGCUCCUCUCCUUCCAGAUCAUCGCUCACAACAAUCCUUACGACAUGAGCCUCAAGUUCGUCCUCGCCGACGCUCUCCAGAAGAUCAUCGUCCUGGCGGUCCUGGGAGCCUGGACGAGAUACUCGCGCCGCGGCAGCCUCGAGUGGAUGAUCACUCUCUUCAUGCUGGCGACGCUUCCGAACACGCUGGUGAUGGGAAUCCCGCUGCUCAACGCCAUGUAUGGUGGCGACCCCUCCAGGCUCGUCGUCCAAGCCGUCGUCCUCCAGUGCAUUGUCUGGUACACGCUCCUCCUCGUCCUGUUCGAGUACCGCAGCGCAAAGAUCCUCGUCGCGCAAAAGUUUCCAAAGCCCGCCGCUGCCAUCGCCUCCGUCAAGGCCGAUCCGGACGUGGUUUCUCUCAGCUUCAAGGAAGGCCUGACCACCGAGGCCUCCGUGGGAGAAGAUGGCAAGAUUUACGUCCAGCUCAAGCGCUCGCCACCACCAAUUCGCACUGCUCCUGCGACGAAAAAUCCGUUCUUUCCUCCGGCGGCGAUGACGAGCACGGCGUUUUCUUCCAAGGCCAGCACUCCCGGAGCCUCGGACCUGAGCAACGCGGAGAUAUACUCGGUGCACUCCUCGAGCGUCUUGACUCCGGGGCACAGCUUCCAUCGCAGCAGCGACCGGAGUGAUUUCUAUCUGAUGACGUCCGGCAGCCGGAGUGGCAGUCCGUUUCGUCUCCAGGAGCUCGACUCGGUCUUCCAGUCGUCGAAUCAGUCGUCCAACGUACACACUCCUCGGGAGGCCGUCAUCUCGGUCAGGGACGAUCAUAUCUUCCCGCUGGACAUGUACCGAACUGGAGGUGGCGGCGGCCGAGGAACUCCAAACUUUGACGACCACUUCCGGCACUUGGUUUGCAACCAGGGCUUCUCGCAGACGGCGGUGCAGAUCACCAAGAAGGACAACAACGAGGAGGGCGCGUCCUCCAACUUGGACUACGAUGCGAAAGAGCUCCAGAUGUUCGUGUGGAGUGCGAGUACGUCGCCGAGGUCGCCAGCGUCGGUGGCUGCUCCGGCGAAGCUCUUGUGGCGGAAGGACGAGAAAGUUCUCAUGUCACACGAAACAACGCUGGAAGUUCCCGAAGAAGCAGUGACAAGACCGGAUGGAAGUGCUGCUGCUGCUGUUCAGACUCCAGCGGAAAGGAACAGGCCAUGGAUCAAAACUUUUCUACCAUCAAAGGAUGCUGCUGCAAAGCUGCCAGACGAUCCGGACAUGCCGUCUACAGCUGUGAUGACGAAGCUCAUCCUGGACAUGGUGUGGAGGAAGCUUGUUCGGAAUCCAAACACGUACUCGAGCUUACUGGGCUUGACGUGGGCACUCAUUUCCUUCCGAUGGAACCUCCGCAUGCCAAAGAUUAUCGAAGGCUCCAUCACGAUUCUAUCGGACGCCGGGCUUGGAAUGGCCAUGUUUAGCUUGGGAUUGUUCAUGGCUUUGCAACCAAAGCUACUCGCGUGCGGGACGUCGAUGACGAUAAUCGGAAUGGUUAUCAGGUUUGUGACCAGCCCCGCGAUCAUGUCGGCUACUUCAAUCGCAGCGGGGCUUCGCAAUAUGGAUUUGAGAGCGUCGAUUGUCCAGGCUGCCUUGCCGCAAGGUAUUGUCCCUUUCGUUUUUGCUAAAGAGUACAAUGUGCAUCCAGACGUCCUGAGCACUGCAGUCAUCUUUGGUAUGCUCGUAUCGCUUCCUAUCACACUGCUCUAUUACGUGCUUCUGGGAUUAUAGUUGAUACAGUUGCCAGAUUUUA